AUUAUUUACAAGCUAAAGGUUAUGCUGUCACAUGUCACACAGUAUCUGAUUUUAAACAAAAAAUGGGAAAAUCUCUUGUUCGCAAAUUAGUGCAAUGGACCCUUAUAGCAAUAAAUAUAUGCAAAUUUAUUUGUGGUGUGGUUAUUAUCAUAUUCGGAGUUAGAGCCUUAUACGACUUAAAUGUGCUCAUAUUCAUAUUCGACAAUAUCAUGGCUUGCGUGGGCCUAACGCUGAUUGGAGUGGUCUUGUGUAUAUUUUCUUUAGCCGCCAUAUAUGGGAUAUACGCAAAUAAUAAAAUUUUUCUAGUUCUGCACGCUAUAAGUGUAUUCACCAUCACCCUCACAUGUCUCGUCCUGGGAGUAGCAGCUUUCAUCCACCUAGACAGAUACUCGGGCAAGGAAGCGUACAUGAACUUAGUGCUUAGGACGCAUUUUGAGGAGUACAAGGGCGCGGGAUAUCUUAUUUCAUGUCUUCACGGAGGAAUGUGUGACCACUUGGUGGACCUCGUCCAGUUCCAGUGGCAGUGUUGCGGGAUGGAGAACCAGGAAUACUGGAGUGACGUGGACAUGCCUGCGAGUUGUUGCGCUCCCGAAGCACCGAAACCAUGUACGGGGGAGGACAUCUAUAAAGCCAAUUGCGUAGAUAAAGGAUACGAAUUCUUCAGGGCGGAAGUGACUACCAUUGGCGUUCUCGCCUUUUUACUUGCAAUUUUGUCACUGUUGGAAUUAUUGGCCGUACUGUAUUUGAUAUAUACUUUUGUGGAAGAGUAUUAUAUAGAUAUUCCGAGAUGCAUGUUAAAUACUGUAUGUCUGAAUUGAAUAUAAUAUACAAAUUGAAUAAUGUAAGUCGAUAAA